AUGCUUUUCACCAGGGCCACCUGGAGCCUAUCCUUCACCUUGUUGUUUGCCUUUGCUGCUUCCAUAUCGCAUUCCUUCUCUAAUCCAUUUCCAGCUGCUGGUCUGGACCUCUUUGAAGGAGACAUUUUAUUACCGAAAAGCCGAAAUGCACUGCGAGAUCCAACAACAAGAUGGACAUUCCCAAUUCCUUACAUUCUGGCUGAUAAUCUGGGAUUGAAUGCUAAAGGAGCCAUUCUUUAUGCCUUUGAAAUGUUCCGUCUCAAGUCCUGUGUGGAUUUCAAGCCCUACGAAGGAGAAGAAAGUUACAUCAUAUUUCAGGAGUUUGAUGGGUGCUGGUCUAUGGUUGGAGAUCAACAAACAGGGCAGAACAUUUCCAUUGGUCAAGGCUGUGACUUCAAGGCUGUUGUUGAGCAUGAAAUACUGCAUGCAUUGGGAUUUUUUCAUGAGCAGUCAAGGUCGGACCGGGAUGAUUAUGUGAACAUUUGGUGGGAUGAAAUUAUUCCAGGUUACGAGCACAACUUCGAUACCUAUGAUGACAGCUUCAUAACUGACCUCAACACUCCCUAUGACUAUGAAUCUGUGAUGCACUAUGGACCACUUUCCUUUAAUGAGAAUGAUGCACCCACCAUCACAGCCAAGAUCCCUGCAUUUGAUGAUGUCAUUGGGCAGCGCCUUGAUUUUAGCACCAUUGACAUAGAGAGGCUUAAUCGCAUGUACAACUGCACUGCAACUCAUACCCUUCUGGACCAGUGUACUUUUGAGAAGGAAAACAUCUGUGGCAUGAUCCAGGGAACUAGCGAUGAUGCUGAUUGGAUUCAUGAGAGAGGUGAUAGUCUUGGACAAGUGGAUCACACUGUGGUUGGACAAUGCACAGAGGCAGGCUACUUCAUGCACUUUGACACCAGUUCUGGGACGACGGAAGAAGCUGCUCUUUUGGAGUCGAGGAUUCUUUAUCCCAAGAGGAAGCAACAGUGUCUCCAGUUUUACUACAAGAUGACGGGAAGCCCUUUAGACAGACUCGUUGUCUGGGUCAGGAGGGAUGACAGCACCGGCAAUGUCCGAAAAUUGGUCAAGUUAGAAACAUUUCGAGGUGAUAAUGACUAUGGCUGGAAAAUUGGCCAUGUGACCCUCAGAGAGGAAGUUAAGUUCCGCUACCUCUUCCAAGGCACAAAGGGAGACCCUGAGAACUCUAGUGGGGGGAUUUUCCUGGAUGACAUCAGUUUGACUGAAACUCCCUGCCCCAGAGGAGUCUGGAUGGUUCGAAACUUCUCUCAGGUCCUUCAGGACACGGUAAAAGGUGAUGGGCUCUUAAGCCCUCGAUUCUACAGCUCAGAAGGAUAUGGUUAUGGGGUGACCUUAUACCCCCAUGGCAGAACUAACACCGACCGCGUUGGCUAUGUUGGACUUGCUUUUCAACUCUACAGUGGGGAGAAUGAUGCUAUCUUGGAGUGGCCAGUGGAAAAUAGGCAAGUCAUCAUGACAAUUGUCGAUAACAAUCCUGAUGUCAUCCAGAGAAUGUCAUCAAGCAUGGUGUUCACUACCUCCAAGGACCAUACGUCUGCAGCCAUAAAUAAUUCUGUCAUCUGGGACAGACCAUCCAUUGUGGGGACCUAUGAGGAGAGCUGUGACUGUUACAGAGGCAUCUCUUGGGGCUGGAGUGCCAUCGUUUCUCAUAAGCAGCUAGAAAAGCGGAGUUUUUUUAAAGAUGACACACUUGUCAUUUUUGUGGACUUUGAAGAUAUCACUCACCUUAGUCAGACUGAAGUUCCUGUUACCACAGCGAGACAGAGAUCCUCAGGUCUGAUUCUCCAAAGUCAAGAGCUUCAAACAUCACAGGAGGAUUCCAGGACAUUGGUGUUAGAAGAAGACCAACCUAACAGCCCGGUUGCUAGAGCUGGGCGGCAGAAGCGGUCUGUGGAAAACACGGGCCCCUUGGAGGAUCACAACUGGCCACAGUACUUCAGAGACCCAUGUGAACCAAACCCUUGUCAGAAUGAAGGGAUCUGUGUGAACGUGAAAGGAAUGGCAAGCUGCAGGUGUGCCUCUGGACAUGCCUUCUUUUACACUGGAGAACGAUGUCAGGCUAUGCAGGUUCAUGGAAGCCUCCUGGGAAUGAUGAUUGGAGGAGCUGCUGGGACUAUUGUGUUCACUAUUGUUAUCGUCUCCAUGCUGUCCAAAAGGGUGGCAUCACGAGGAGACUAUUGA